AUGGCUCAUCUUUUAGGUAGUAAAGCAUGUAUUGACAGUUUACGUGUUGAUAUUGGCGAUUUAGAAAGUGUUAUUCAUGAUAUUGUUGGUAAAACAGGAUCGAUCAAAUGUCAUUCAUGGAAGUUUCCCGAUAAAAUUGCCACUGAUGUAGAUAUUAAUGAACUUCUUCAACGUUACCAACAUGGAAAACAUGAAGUUGAUAAUCAAGUUUCACAUAUUGUUUUAUUCGAGCUUAUUAUUGAUAGGCUUUUACUUAUUUUACAUGGAUCAUGGCGGUAUUUACAUGAAAUGCAAACCAAUAUAAUACCCAAUACAAUCGAUUCAGCAUCUACAGUGAAUCAACAAUCGAGUCUCAGUGUUGGUUUAGUAGUUAAAAAAUAUUGGAAUAAACUAUUACAUUUAUCCAGUGUACUUCAACAGCACGAGAAUGAUCGUAAACAAACUCGUCCAGUAACAGCAUUACCACGUUCAAAAUCUAGUUUAAAUACUGAAAAACGUUGUCAAACAACGGAAACAUCCAUAGGUCCAUGUCAAUCGUGUUUAAAAUUUCAACAGUGCCUUCGUGAUCACAGUGAUAGUUUAAUCAAUCUAUGCCAUACCUAUAAUUUACCAUCGUCACUUGCACAGUAUCGAUCGUCAACAACAGAUCUGUUUUCAUUAGAUAAUAUUAAUCAUUGGUCGGAUUGUCAAACGAAAGAUAUCGAUCGUGUAUCGAAACAUGUUGAAUAUUUAAAUAAUACAUUAAAUAAAACUAAAAGUGAUUUACAAUUAAAUGAAAAUCGGUGUAAAAAACAAGAUGAAACAAACAGUCGUUUGCAACAAUUGAUUAAUGAUGAUAAACAAUCGAAAAAAGUUCUGCAAGAAUUACAUGAUAGAAAAGUCAAUGAUUUAAAAAAACAAUGUGAUCAACAGGAAACGAAUCUCAAUGAACAAAUUAAAUUACUAACAAAUCAAAAAAUUAAACUCGAACAACAAUUAAAAGAAGUCAAUGACUUAUGUACAUCAAGAGGAGAACAAAUCGAAAAACUAGAAUCAUCAAAAAAUGAAUUGAAAAACUUAAUUCAAGAUCGAUUCAAAUCCGAUGAUAUCAUAAAAACACUAGAACAAGAUCGUAUUCGUUUGCAAACUGAACUUGAUUUAGUGAAACAUGAUCUCGAAGAGCGUAAUCGAGAAUUACAAAAAGAACGAACACGUAUUGAAAAUAUGAUUCGACAAGAACAAAAUUAUCAAUCAAAACAAAAAGCACUUUCGUCAUCCUACGAAGAAUUAACACAAGAAUGUGAAUUACUCCAAAAACAAGUUGCAGAAUUAGAAAUAUCGCGUGAUGAAGUGGAACAAAAACUUGAAACAGUUCAAAAACAAAAUCGAUCUUCUACAGACACCAAUAAAGUUCAAUCGUUAAUGGAAACGAAUCAUCAUUUACUACAAGAAAUGACUAUAUUAAAAUCAAAUAUUGAACAGCUACAACAAGAAAUUCAACAAGUGGAUGAACGUGAACAAAUGUUAUUACAAUAUCCUGAUCUGCAUGGUCCUAUUGAACAUCAGCCAACAUCAAAUAAUAUUAUAAUUGAUAUGCAAAAUCAAAUGCGUACCAAUGAAAUUCGUAUUGAUUUGCUACGAAAACAAAAUGAUUCAUUAAAAUCUUCAUUAGAAAAACUUUUAGCUGUAAAUAAUACGAGUCCAUCAUUGGUAACAGGAGAACGUUAUGAAGAGCUGAGAAAUCAAUCGAGACAAGAACAACCCUAUCGUAGAUAUUCCUACAGCAAUGAAACUAUCAUACCGAAAUCAAAACAAACACCAUUGUGGUUAUUAAAUAAUGAAAUUGUAGAACAACAACAAGCUUUUACAGAGACAAGAUCGACUACAGUGAACAAUUACAUACCACGUUUUAGUGAAAAUGAUUAUGUUGCAAAUGGAUGGAUUAAAUCUGAUCCUGAUGUUAUCGAAAUUGAAACUUCACCAAAACCACAUGAUCGAUCAUGGUCAUCAAGUUCAACUCGUAUACAAACAAAUGAUUUAGUCAUAACAACUGAAUCACGCCCACCCACAGUUACACAUUCUUCUCGAACUAUCAAUAAUGGUCGAACAUCAACAAUUCCUCCAGCAUCUGAUUAUGAAAUGAUUAUUGGCAAAGGUCGAGCAUCAAGUCGUCCAACAUCAGCAGCAUCGAAAAAUCGGCAUUUACCAAAAAGUUCACGAACUAUAACAUCGGCUAAACCACAAAGAUCAACCACAAGUACUGCUAUACAUCAAUGUACAACUUGUAAUAAAUCAUAUGAUGAUAAACGCAAUUAUGAUAUACAUAAAUUAUAUUGCAGGACUUAA